CAUUACUAGUUUACUAAUAGAUAAUAUUUGAAUGGACAGAAAUGGCAACUGUGCGCAUAAAGAAAGUAAACCUCUGAGGCCUUGUUUGGAUGUAGUCGGAUUCACAUCAAUCUACAUGUGUUAAGGUGGAUUGGAGUGGAACUUGAACUAAAUUUCAUCCCAACCCACACCAAUACACAUGGAUUGAAAGUGAAUCCGACAAAAUCCAAACAAGGCCUGAAACAGGUUAAUACUAGAAUAGAAGAGGCGAGCUCUGAAUGCUCUACAAAACCUGGAUGCAGAGUUGCAGACUGUCGAACAGCUGAAGAGAAGGACGGGAGGCACAACAAUGGAGGCUGCCACUGCAAGCAACAAGAUCGUCAAUAGAGACGAAAUCACGGACGCCUUCACCGACUCUGCGCAGAUCCCCGAGAAGUACAUCCGAACCGAUGAGGUCCGUGCCGGCGUCGUCGUCGGUGAAGACGACGACUGCUACUGCGAGCUGCCUGUCGUCGACAUGGCCAGGCUUCUUGAUCCGGAGCUAUCUGCGUCGGAGACGCUCAAGCUUGGCUCUGCAUGUCGAAACUGGGGCUUCUUUCAGCUUACAAACCAUGGAGUUGACGAAGGAGUGAUACAGCAUAUGAAAGACAACACUGCCGACUUCUUCGGCUUGCCACUGGACAGCAAGAACGCAGUGGCAGUCCGAGGAGAUGGCUUUGAAGGGUACGGCCACCACUACAGCAGGUUGUCCAAGCUUGACUGGGCAGAGAGCGUCAUCCUCAUCACGCAGCCAGUCCAAGACAGGAACAUGGAGCUGUGGCCAACUAACCCACCCACGUUUAGGCACGCGCUUGACAGGUACUCGGCGGAGACGACGAGUCUCAUACGGCGGCUCCUGAGCUACAUGGCGGCGGACCUCGGCGUCGGCGAAGCGGCGCUGCUGGACGCCUUCAGCGGGAAGCGGCAGAGCAUGGCGAUCCACCACUACCCGGCGUGCAGGCACCCGGACAAGGUGAUGGGCAACACGGCGCACACGGACGGGCUCGGCCUCACGGUGCUGCUGCACGUGGACGACACGCCGGGCCUGCAGAUGCUGAGGGGCGGCAGGUGGUUCCCCGUGCGCCCGCUGCCGGGCGCCCUCGUCGUCAACGUCGGCGACAUCCUCCACAUCGUCACCAACGGCGCAUACAAGAGCGUCCAGCACAGGGUGUUGGUGAACGCCGAGAGGGGACGCACCACGGCCGUCGUAUUCCAGGACGCCUCCGUCGACGGGAUGGUCACGCCGCUCCCGGAACUCCUGCUCAAGGCCGGCGAGGCGCCGCGCUACAGAUCGAUCCCGAGGUUUGAGUACCUCAAGGUCAGGUUCAGUGCCCUCGCCAAAAGGGAAGGAUUCCUCGAGAGCCUCAAGCUGUAGCGUCUCUAGCUAUCUACAUACCCCCAACAUGUUUGGGCAGCCAUGUUCCAACUGCCAAUGUCCCUGGAGAAAUAAAAUAGACACAACACGCGAGGAGGCAUCCAUGAAUGAAUACACGCAUGUGGACGACCAGCUAGCUUAGUUACGAAUUUGCGUUGAAAUACUUUUGCCUUAGAUUUACAAACUUCCAUCUUACUAUGUUAAGACCAGUGGUGUAUUUCGUAGUGCUAUUUUCAAGAAACAACCACUUUCAAUGAAUAGUUUUAUUCUAUA